GUGGGGAUGAUGCAGCAGAGAGUGAACACACUCUAGAGGAAAUGUCUGCAAAAGAAGGAAGUGAGAUGCCGCACAAGAAGAACAAGAAGCACAAAAAACACAAGGGCAAAAAGAAGAAGAAGAAACGCGGCAAGGGAGAGCGGGCGACCAGCUCAGAGUCGGCUCCAGAGUCCGAUGUAGAGAAGCCGCCAGUCAGAACCAGAGCAGGGUGAGGCUCCUCCCAUUAGAACUAGAACAUUGUUUGAGUCCUCCCAUUAGAACCACAACAAUGAGGAAGUUUGAUUAAGCUGAGCUGCUGUGCACGUGCUUAACCUACGUCACUUUUGUUUUGAGACGACUUUGCCAUCGGCCAGAGCAGGGAACCUGGCUCACGCCCGCCCGGGAAGCAGCCCAGUUCCAAAAUGAAUGCAAUCACUUUUCAACUGGUGCAAACUCCUCCCACCGGAGCAACCUAGGCCAGAUAAUUGAAUCCCCUCACUGCUUGACUCUGCCCAUUACAACCAGACCUGUGCUAGACAGAACAGAUUGUUGCCUGUUUACCUCUAGAUGGUUUCCUCACCAGAAUUUAGGAGACAGCAGCAGAAAUGUUGUACUAAUCAGCCAACAAGCUCUUGUUUGUCUUUAUACUAUUGGGACGAUUGUGAAUAUUGUAUUUAUUAUAUUUGCUGUUAUAAUAAAUGUUUUCUUUGUUGUUUUUAGCUCAAGGAGUGCUGGCCUAGUGGCCUCUGAUGCAGGAGCAGACACAAAAGAGGAGGCAACAAAGGACUUGAUCACAGGUAAGGAGUGUGGCUCUGGGGUCGGGUGUAGGAAACGAACAGAUGCAAAAGUUAUUUGUUACUAAUGCCUGUGUACCGGUCCUCGCAGAUAAACCUGAGAUAAGUGAUGCUAAAUCCAGAAAACACAAAAGACAUGUUGGGAAAAAGAAGAAAAAGAGGAGGAGAAAAGGGGAAGAAAAGCAGGAGAAGAACUCACCUUCACACUCCCCAUCAGAAAACGAAUCUAUGUCAGGGACAGAUUCUGAGUCUGAGGGGAAGCCAGCUGGCACGGCAGUGCAAGCAUUUCCCAUGCUGUCUAAGGCCAGACAAGAGGAGAGGGUGUCCUCCCUAUGCGUAACUCUCGGCCAAAAAGAGGGAUCUCUGAAAAUGUGUCAAACCUCAGAUGAGGAGUCUGCGGAUGCAAGAGGAAAGACGGAAGAGAAUGCGCCCCCUGCUGACAGGGAUGACCAAACAGUCUCUGUCAUAAAGGCAGAAGAUCCACGGAGCGACAGGAGCUUCAGCCACACCCAGGAGCUUCCGGACAUCAUCCCCAAGCAAGGCGGCCAGAGGGAGGAGACCAGAGGAGGAUUAGAGCUUGAGCAGGACGGCCAGAAGGAGGACAUCAACGCAGGGCAGAGGUCAAAUGUGAAUAACCAUGCUCCCUCCAGGUCAAGGUCACAGUCACUGACGGACACUAAAAGAGCCAGAUCGAGUCUUAGUCGUUCGACAAGCCCCAAGCGGUCCAGAUCAAGCCGCAGACGUUCACGAAGCCCCAAACGAUUGUCUCGAUCCGGCUCAAAGAGCAUGACUCCCAAGAGGAAGCAGUCUAAGUCCCUUAAAAGGGCAGGACGUAAGUCCCCUUCUUUGUCCCCUAGGACAGGACGUAAGUCUCUUUCUCUCUCCCCUAGAAGAGGAUACAAGUCCCCUUCUCUGUCCCCCAGGAGAGGAUGGAAGUCUCCUUCUCUGUCCCCUAGAAGAGGAUGCAAGUUGUCUCUGUCCCCUCGGAGGGGACGCAAGUCGUCUCCUUUGUCCCCUCGGAGGGGACGCAAGUCGUCUCCUUUGUCCCCUCGUAGGGGACGCAAGUCAUCUCCUUUGUCCCCUCGGAGGGGACGCAAGUCGUCUCCUUUGUCCCCUCGGAGGGGACGCAAGUCGUCUCCUUUGUCCCCUCGGAGGGGACGCAAGUCGUCUCCUUUGUCCCCUCGGAGGGGAAGCAAGUCGUCUCCUUUGUCCCCUAGGAGGGGACGCAAACUGUCUCCUUUGUCCCCUAGGAGGGGACGCAAACUGUCUCCGUCUCCAAGACAAGGGCGGCGGUCUGAGUCCAGGCCUCGCAGUCGUGUCAGGAGGUUGAGGACCAGAACCCCUCCCCCUCGUCGUGGUAGGCGCUCGAGAUCCCGCUCGCCUGUGAGGCUGACUCGCCACUCACGCUCCAGAUCUAGACGGCUCCGUCGCUCCCGGUCCCCGUCUCGCAGGAAGAGGUCCUCCCCCAGGACACGACAGUCCCGGUCUCCGGUCAGGAGAUGCAAGCGGACUCGCUCCCGCUCCGUCGUGAUCCUGAAGAGGAACAGGAAAGGCUCACUGUCCAAAUCCCCAACCGGCAAGAACAACAAGUCCCGCUCCAGGAGCUGCAGGAAAUCCAUGUCACCGGUACAGAAAACACUUUCUAGAUCACCGAAGCGGAGCAGGACAAAGUCCAGAUCCCCAAGACGCAGUAAAACAUCAACAUCACCAUGUAACAGGUCUCAUACUCCUAAAUCCAAAUCCCUGAAAAUAAGUAAGCAUUCAACAUCAAAAUCACCCAAAAGAGACAUAUCGAAAUCCAGAUCUGUCUCAAGCGACAGGCAAUCUGAGAGCGUAUCCCCAGAACGCUCAAGAUCCAGGUCUACUGCCAAAGACCUGAAGUCUCCGAAAUUGUCCGACAAACAUACUGCAGACAAGACUGUGAAUGAUGAAGCGCCUAUGAAGCCUCUUGGGGAGGCUGUAGCAGCAGCUGCAGCAGGGCCUUGGAAACCCCUCCCUUGGGCUGCAGCCUCCAGUUCUAUCAUACACGGCAAGCCAGUGACUGGGCAGGCUGACGAGAGCAGCUCUGAGAUUCCAUCUGAAGACCACGACUCCGUAGCAGAAGACCCAAAGGGGGCAAGAAGCCCAACAAGCUCCUCCUCUGAAGAGCCAGAUGAGCAUGCUACCUCCAGGUCUGUUUCACCAGAGACCGUUCCUGCUGAUCGCCGCUACAGGUCCUCAUCUUCUAAAUCCUCCAUCAAGAAGACAUCAUCCUCAAAACAACGGCAGUCCUCAACAUCAGCAUCUCCUGCCAGGAAGUCCCACUCACCUGCCGGCAGAAAGAUGUCCACCUCUCUCUCACGGAGGUGCUCCCGGUCCAAGUCCACCUCUCCCUCUCAGUCCAAGUCUGCCUCCAGAAGGAGACGUUCCAAGUCCCCAGCCAGGAAAAGGAAGUCUGUCUCCCCCCCUGCCAGACGGAAGAAGAGGUCCAAGUCCAGAAGUCCUGCCCGGCGCAAGAGAUCACGCUCUAAGUCACCAGCACGGCGCAGGAAGUCACGGUCCAAGUCCAGGACCAAGCGCUCCAAGUCCCGCUCCCCGGUCAGAAGGAAGAGGUCCAAAUCCACAGACCGGAGCAAACGCCCCAAGUCUCGUUCUCCAGGCCGGAGGAGAAGGUCCGGGUCGCGACGGCGCCGACCCAUCAUGCGCAAUCGCUCGUUUGACCGGCGCGACCGAUGGAAACGAGAACCAAGCCACUCGCCCAUCCUCAUCCUCCGCAAGCGCCGGUCCACAUCUCGAACCCGCCGUAGUACCAGCAAGACCCCUCCUCGUCUCACUGAGCUGGGUAAGACUACAACUAUGGAGUUCUCUGGAACCCUCUUCCCAACAGCUAAAGGUAUGGAGUUUCUGCGCGUGUGCAGGAUUCUCUAUUUUACGCACAGUCUCUGCUCUACUCGUUUCGGCUACCCAGAGUACAGGCUACUCUGGCGAAUGAAUGGUGCUUGUUUAAUAAAGUUAGAUCAAAGCUGAAUCAAUGUCUGCAAGAUCACAUAAUGGUAGUGUUCUACUGAAUAUAAUAGCAUAGUAUAACGUUACUGUAAGACAAAAAACACCACCUAAUUUCUUAUGAGAUUUUAGGACGAUUGUGCAAAUAGUCGCAUUUCUCUGUGGCAAAAACUCAACCGCAUGCACCACUAGGCAAAAUAUGUGCUUUGAUUGUAACAAAACACAGGUAUGCUACAGUUUAACACAAUUUGCUCUAAAAUUUGCUCACUGUACAUUUUACAUUUACAUUUUAGUCAUUUAGCAGAAGCUCUUAUCCAGAGCGACUUACAGUUAGUGAGUGCAUACAUUUUCAUACUGGCCCCCCGUGGGAAACCCACAACCCUGGUGUUGUAAGCGCCAUGCUCUACCAACUGAGCUACAGGGGACUAAUUCAAAACGACACUGUAGGCUAUUUCGAACAACACUGUUGCUAGCUCCAGAAGAUCUAAAUGCAUAUCCCCAUGAAACUGAUUGAUGCUGCAUGGACGUUUCACCGGUAAAACUUAGACUUGAAUGUGACCAUUCGCACAAUCAUCAUCUAGUUUCUUAUGAUAUUUUAGGGUGUUUUUGUCUUACAGUAAUGUUAUGCUAUUAUAUUCGGUUCUGUUAUGUAGAACACUAUGUUUAUGCUAUCUCGCAGACAAUGAUUCAGCUUUGAUCCAACUUUAUUAAACAAGCACCAUUCGCCAGAGUGGCCUGUUCUCUGGGCAGCUGAACGAGUAGAGCAGAGACUGUGCGUAAAGUGGAGAAUCCCGCAAAUGCGCAGAAGAUUAGGACCUUCAGCUGUCGGGAAGAGGGUUCCAGAGAAAUUGGAUCCGCAGCCACACCAUAUAUACACCAAUCCAAUGUAUUGUCAUUGUUAAGUAGCCUCAGUUUAAUGGUGGCUGUUCUUGGCACCUUAGAACAGAUUAGGUGUGAGAAUGUAGUCUGAAAUUCCACUGUUGACAGAUGUCUGUUCCCUCCUUUCUCUUUCCUCUCCCCUUUCUCUAUUCACAGACAAAGACCAGCUCCUGGAGAUAGCGAAGGCCAAUGCAGCCGCCAUGUGUGCUAAAGCAGGUGUGCCCAUUCCAGAGAGUCUGAGACCCAAGGCCAUCCUCCAGCUUCCCUUGCCCAACCCAGCCCCAACCCCUCUGAAUCUGCCUCUUCCCCUGCCCUUGCCUCUCAACAUGCCCGGCAUGGGAAUGCCCAACAUGAACAUGCCCAACAUGAACAUGCCCAACAUGAAUAUGGGCAAUAUGUCCAAUAUGGCCAUGAGUGCUGCCAUGGCCAGUAUGAAAGCUGCCACCAUGACUGCAGCCCUCACCAACAUGGCCCAGAUGUCAAACAUGCCCCAGAUGGCUCCCCUCCCCACCAUCACCAACAAGCCCCCUCCUAGCCAGGCUCCCCAAACAACCCUUCCCCCCCCUCAACCUGGACCACAUAGAGGAGGUGAAGAGGAAGGUGACUCAGCAGGCCAACAUCUACAGCAUCAAGGAGCUCACCGAGGUAAUACUUACAAGAGACUUGUAAUGAAUGUAAUAACAAAGAUGUACUUGAUCCAUUGUGGAUGUAGACCCCCCAUGAUGUAUAUGACUGUAAGUCGCUUUGGAUAAAAGCGUCUGCUAAAUAGCAUAUUAUUAUUAUUAUUAUUAUUAUUAUGUAUUACAGCAAGCAUAAAACUUUAGCUCAGACUCCCAUUUGUAUUGAUUUAGGCAAUUAAGCCCUCUAUCUACUUUCACAGAGUCAUGAUCUCGUGGAUACCAUUUUUAUGUCUCUGCAUGCAGUUUGAAGGAAGUUGCUAACUGCACUAUUGCUAACUAGCUUUAGCGCAAUGACUGGAAGUCUAUGGUAACUGCUAGCAUGCUAGUAGAUGCCAUAGUCUUCCAGUCAUUGCGCUAAUGCUAUUUAUCAUUGGCUCACAAAACUACAUGUAACUUCCUUCAUACUGGAUGCAGAGACCUAAAAAUGAUAUCCAUGACUUUAUCUGACUAUGGGGAAGUAGAUAAAGGGAUUCAUUGUCAAAAUCCCGAAGUAUACUUUAAGGUUACAAACAUGAAUAGAAUGAACCUGCAUCUUACUGACAAGUCACCCGGUUCCAGAUGUUUUAUGUAGUUAUGUGUAUUGAAGUUACAAGCACGACAAGACUAGACUGUGAAGAAUACUGUGUUGUUUGGGGGGGUUCUCUUGUAUUACUCUGACUGAGUUGACUUCACAAUGAUUUAUGUUUCUAAUAUCAUUCUGUGUGUGUAGAAAUGUAAGAUGAUAGCGGCGAAUAAAGAGGAGAUGGCCAUAGCGAAGCCGCACGUGUCUGAUGACGAGGAUGAGGACAGGAAGCCCCGUAGCAAGAGCUUCUUA